GGUUACUUCAGCUUCUGUUACAAAGGACAGUUCUCUUUAUCAUGGCCGGUUCUCGGCCCACUUCACCAUCGAAACAUGCCUUCUCCGGACUUCCGCCCCAAGAUCCAUAUCGCGACAUUCAUAUGGACACUGCGAAGGGGUUCCCAGCAGGACUGCCAGACAUCAGAAUGAAUACUGCAAAGGGAGUUACCUUGACCAAUGACAUCCGUAUGGAGACUGCGAGAGGCAAUAACACCAUCAAAGGCGGCCAAUUUCAGCUCUGGGAGAAAGAGUUGCUCGAAAGCUCGGAAGUCAGGCGUAAGGCUACCGUUGCCCAAUUAUAUUUCUUGGACUACUAUUUCCAGCUUCUGGGCUAUAUCGGCUCUCGUAAAGAGCGGCGGGCUCAUUUCAACGAGGAUACCUCUUCUCGCAACCUCUCCUCGGCGGAAUAUGCCAAGGAGUUCAAGUCGUACUGUGGGCGCGAGCGAGUUCUUCUGCGGCGGCGACGAACGAAGUUGAAGGUUGAUCAGUUCCAUAUCAUUGCACAAGUCGGGCAGGGCGGGUAUGGUGAAGUGUAUCUGGCGCGCAAGCAAGAGACCGGAGAGGUUUGUGCGCUGAAAAAGAUGCGAAAGAAGACUCUGUUCAAGAUGGACGAGAUCCGCCACGUCUUGGUCGAACGUGACAUAUUGACCGCAACGAAAACCCCAUGGCUCGUCCGUCUGUUAUACGCAUUUCAAGAUCCCCAGCAUGUCUAUUUAGCUAUGGAAUAUGUCCCGGGGGGUGACUUCAGGACGCUCUUAAACAACUCUGGUGUCUUGAAAGAGGAACAUGCCAAGUUUUAUAUCUGCGAGAUGUUUGCUGCGGUGAACGAGCUUCACAAGCUCGGAUACCUCCAUCGGGACCUGAAGCCAGAGAACUUUCUCGUCGACUCCUCAGGUCACGUUAAACUUACAGACUUUGGCCUUGCUACUGGCGCUUUGAAUCCAAAACGUAUUGAGUCACUGAAAGUCAAGUUGGACAGAGUGAAGGAUAACGAAGUCGUCCAUCGGUCCACCAUCGAGCGUCGUUCCAUAUACCGUUCCAUACGCAACGAAGACCCACGCUAUGCCGAUUCUAUCGUCGGUUCUCCCGAUUACAUGGCUCCUGAAGUCCUCCGUGGCAAACCCUACACCUAUGCUGUCGACUACUGGUCCCUCGGCUGCAUCCUGUUCGAAUUCCUGGCUGGUUUCCCUCCUUUCAGCGGUAGCACCCCCGAAGAAACCUGGACGAAUCUCAAAAACUGGACCAAGGUGCUUCGCAGGCCGGAGUAUGACAAGCCCGAAGACCUCAUCUUCAACCUCACCGAUGUCGCCUGGGACGCCGUCACAAGGCUGAUAGCGCAUACGAGUAUCCGCUACGCAAAUCUCAACCAGCUCUCGGGGCACCCCUUCUUCAAGAAUGUCGAAUUCAAUGAUCUGCGCUCUAUCCCUGCCCCCUUCGUCCCCGCUCUCGACUCCGAGAUCGACACAGGCUACUACGACGACUUUACAUCCGUCGAAGACAUGGCCAAGUAUGCCGAAGUUCGGGAAAAGCAGCGGAACGUCGAGGCCGUCAGGGAGAAAGACGAGGGCUUUAGCAGAGGUGUAUGGGUUGGGUUCACGUUCGGGAAGAAUGGCCCUGGACUCAAAGCUCUGAACGCCAUGGGAGAGAUCCCGGAGGAUGGGCAUAUGACCACGAUCUUCUAACGAAGUCUGACCAUUCGUCCAUAAUAAUGACACGCAAACGACCCUCCAACCCUUUGGGCAGAAUGGUAUCCUACCCUAUAUAAUAAUGAACCAUACCCACCCCGGACUUUGUCACUCAUCUCAGAUUGUUGUCGCAUCUUGUAACUCGUAUUAGAAUCACGCAUCGCAUCUUGUUCUCGCUUAUCA